AUGGCCAUCUCAAGGGAGUCUGGCUUCUCCCAUGGUCCUACGGAGCUUCAGAAGCGAGCAUUCCAGGAGGAUGGGGGAAGCUUCGUGGGCUGUCGGAAAAAAUUUGACCUCAUUCAUAAUCCAGCCACCACCCUGGCCAAGGAAGGCACUGAUGCUGGAGGUGUAACGGACGUCAAUACUCCUUUACAUGAGGUGCUGAAGACCGCCCUCAUCCACGAUAACACAGCACGUGGUGUCCGCGAAGCCGCCAACGCCUUAGACAAGGGCCAAACUCAUCUCUGUGUGCUUGCAUCCAGUUGUAAAGAGCCUAUGUAUGUCAAAUUGGUGGGGGAACUUUGUGCUAAGCACCAAAUCAACCCAAUUAAGGUUGAUGACAAGAAAUAGGGGGAUGGGUAGAAACUAGGGGGAUGGGUAGGUCUCUGUCAAACUGAUCCAGAGGGCAAGCCACGCAAAGUGAUCAGUUGCAGUUGUGUAGUGGUUAAGGGCUAUGGCAACGAAUCUCAGGCCAAGGAUGUCAUUGAAGAGUACUUCAAAUGCAAGAAUGAAUAA